UAUUCUCAUUUUGGAGCCUAUCUGCUUCAGGCUGAGGUGAGCUGGGUGUUUGGUCGAGGAGUGAGCGCAGAUUCAACAGGUGGAGAAGGCGACACUCAACCCUGAAAACACAGCACUUAUAUUGGGUUUUGACGAGUGUGUGCUGACCUGAUCUUUCCAUGGCACUGACGGUGAAUCUGAUCGGUCCUUCACCAUGGGGCUUCAGAAUAUUCGGAGGGAGGGACUUCAAGAAGGCCAUAACUGUAUCGAAGGUCAAUGGGGGCAGCAAGGCAGAGCAGGCAGCCCUGCAACCUGGUGACAUUAUCUUGGAGAUCAACGGGGAAAACACGGCCGACAUGUUGAACGUGGAGGCUCAGAACAAGAUCAAGAAUUCCAAGACCCAUCUGCAGCUGGCGGUGCAGAGAAUUGGAUUUUCCAGCCCUGGACAGACAAAUGGCAUCAACAGCCCUGAACAGCUCACUGGACGCUUCCAGGAGACAGUAAUAGUGAGUCGAGAUGAGAACCAGAACUACAGAGAGUACACCAUUUCCAGCCCUGCAUCACUGUCCCCUGGACCUUAUUCACCAGAUCCUCCUGCCAGCCCUGACGGGAAGAGAGAGAGGCUGACACCAACCAUCAACAAGAGUGUCCAGCUGCGCUCAUGGUCUCCAGAUGAGAAGAGUCAGAGGCUGUCUAGACCCCUCUCACAGGACUUCUCCUCCUCAGACUACAGAAAUAACUCCAGCAGAACCCCCACCCCACCAGGACGCUACUCACCCCACAGUCCCAUCGACCGGGACAUACCCAUGUCCCCUCGUCGCAGUAGUACGAGCUCUGACUUUGCCAUGCAGAGGUUUGACAGGGACUCAGAGGUGUACAAGAUGAUCCAGGAGAAUAAGGAGUCCCGCACGGCGCCUCGUCAGUCCAACACCUUUAAAAUGCUGCAAGAGGUCCUGGAGGCUGACGAGAAAGGGGCAGCCUUGAAGUUCCCAGGGAAGCUUUCACCCAAUGUCCCAAUACCAAGCGCACCAGUGGCAGGAGUCAACAAAUAUCACACCUGUGAGAAGUGUGGCACCAGCAUUGUUACACAGGCAGUGCGUAUCACAGACGACCACUUCCGCCACCCAGAGUGCUACACUUGCACAGAUUGUGGCCUUAACCUGAGAAUGAGAGGUCACUUUUGGGUUGGAGACGUGAUGUACUGUGAGAAGCAUGCCAAACAGAGGUACCAAGGCCCAGGUAGUUCACCUCAAACCACCGUCUCCCCUCGCCAAUGAAUUCGCCUGCCACACUUCCGCCCCGCCCUGGACAUAGAGUGCUGCUUAUCUGCCUGAAGCUCCAUGUCAUCAUGACUCUGUUACAGACCUUGGGAAUGGGGCGUGGAAGUGGACAGACAUCAACGAUAUGGCAGAGGAUGUUCUUUUCUGAUCAUAGUUAACCAUACUUUGCAAUAUUAUGAUUCACUUUCUUGCCUUUGUUAUAACUUUGAAAUUUGGAGCUUUUUUUCUUCAUAUGGCCCAGCCUCCACAGUCUCUUUAGGUUAUUCUUAGCUCUAAUGAUGCACAGCUGCCAUGGACUCAAGCCACAUUGUACUAAGGCCAGAUUUGCAUAACACCAUAGACAAACUCAACAGGACUGGCUCUCUGAAUCUGAAGAUCUGGAUAAUCAUUUGAAUCUUUUGCUGACACAAAGGGACCAAAUCUCAUCUACACUGCAUGCCAUUAUGAAAAUGUACUGUACACAAGCGGUGAUGUGUGUGUGGGUGCAUAUGGGUGCGUGCUUUCACAUGCAGAAGCGGAGUGAUUUCUGCAUGCUUUCCUUGCAUCCUGUGUGUGUGUGUGUGUGUGUGUGUGUGUGUGUGUGUGUGUGUGUGUGUGUGUGUGUGUGUGUGUGUGUGUGUGUGUGUGUGUGUGUGUGUGUGUGUGUGUGUGUGUGUGUGUGUGUGUGUGUGUGUGUGUGUGUGUGUGUGUGUGUGUGUGUGUGUGUGUGUGUGUGUGUGUGUGUGUGUGUGUGUGUGUGUGUGUGUGUGUGUGUGUGUGUGUGUGUGUGUGUGUGUGUGUGUGUGUGUGUGUGUGUGUGUGUGUGUGUGUGUGUGUGUAAAAAGGGGACCACAUUGUUACAGACACAAAGGAGUUUGAAUUUUGCCUUAGUCUGGCCAAAAGCCCUUGAGUUCUUCUAUAUUUCUUUUGUAAGCAGAAUUUAUUAGGAGAUAGAAAUGAUGAAAAAUACAUAUUUGCUGUUUUGUUGCUUAUGAGGGACUAUAGAUUCAUUCAGUAUACAAAUGUUUUUGUGAUUGAACUGUAUUCUAUAAUAUAGACCAUUUAAAAUGAAUGAUGUAUGCACAGGACAUUUAGUGUGAGAAGACUUGAUGAUGAUGAUAAUACAUUUGUCCAGUUACAGCAGUACUCAGCGAUACACUAUAAUGUUCACAUUCCAUGUGGCACUUAAUAAAAUUGCACAUCCUGAAGCUUCCUCAGUGAUGAUGUGUUGGAAUAAUAA